AUGGAUAGUGAACAUUAUCAACUUCUGUUGCAUUCUGAAAUUCGUUGGUUAUCUCGAGGUAAAGAGCUCUCUCGUCUAUUUGAAUUGAAAGAUGAGGUAAGAUUAUUUUUUAUCGAACAUAAAUCAUUUUCGUUGAGUGAACGCGUGAAUGAUUAUUCUUGGUUGGCUACUUUAGCAUAUCUAUCAGAUAUAUUUACUCAUUUAAACGCACUUAAUUUAAGUCUUCAAGGAACACAUAUUACAAUUUUCAAAGUUGAAGAUAAGAUUGAAGCGAUGAUUAAAAAGUUGGAACUGUGGAGUCUUCGGCUGUCAAAGAAGAAUUACGAUCCAUUUCCAAAUCUCAAAAAUUUUAUUGAAUCAACUGAAGAAGAAUUGUCAGAUAAAGAUUCUAAAUAUUUCAUACAACACAUGGGUGAUAUGCAACGUAGCUUCCGUGAUUACUUUCCUGUUCCAGAUAUAAGUAGAAAUUGGAUUCGACAACCUUUUGAAAUUGAUAUUCAUCAAAUAAAUGGACUGACAUCAUUGGAAGAAGAUAGCCUUGUAGAAAUGUCUACAGAUACUAGUUUAAAAAUGCAGUUCAAUCAAAAGUCAUUAGAACAUUUUUGGUUGCAUGUUCGAAAGGAUUAUCCACAAUUAUCGAGUAAAGCUCUGAAAGUUUUGAUUCCAUUUCCCACAACUUAUUUAUGUGAAAAAGCAUUCUCCGCCCUCGUUUAUAUUAAGAAUAAGUUUCGAAACCGAUUAGAAAACGUAGAAUCUGAACUACGAUUAAAGCUUUCGAGUAUUGAGCCCGAUGUUCAAAAACUAGUAACUGAAAUGCAACAUCAACCAUCGCAUUAA